UAUAAAGAGGCUGACCCCACCGCCAAUUGCCAGUCCAUAGUCAGUGGUGGAACACGAUCAGAUUUGUCUAGAAAAAAUCACAAUGAAGGCAGUGACGCUCGUUGUUUUUGCGGUGGUGCUGGUGGCAGUGUCGGCCAGGCCUGACAAGCCCGACCUGAAGCAGCUGAAGGCCGAUGCAGCCCGCAAGAAGGCCUGCAUGCAGGACUGCACCAGCGCGAAAUUCGACCCUGUCUGCGCGGGCAAGGACGGAGAGAAGCCCAAGUCUUUCGGCAGCGAGUGCGUCAUGAACAACUACAACUGCGAGCACAAAGAAACCCUGCAUAAGAUCAAGAAGGGAGAGUGUCCCGGCUCCGACGGCAUCCGCCUAUCUUAAAUAUUUUAACUACCCUACUUAAAGUAUCGCUGUAACCUUUUUACACUUUUAGUUUAAUUACCUAUUUACUUAUAAUUAGAGUUAAGACAGCAAACUUAUAUUGCUUUGCAGCCACACUUUUCAAAGGAGCUGUGAUGAAUUAGCGCGUAUUUGAGCUUUUUUUAGUUUCAUCAUCAACAGUAUCAUCGUAGUGUUUUGCAUUUAAGCAUUUUAUUUUAUCAUCUUGUUUUUUAUCGUUUUGUUUAUCAUCACUUUAUUGAUACGUAUUUCGUUUUGUGCUUAUUAGAACAUUUGAGUUUAGUGCAGUUUUUUUAUGUUUGUUUUAGUUGUUUAUUGUGCUGACACGGCUUAACCAUUGUUAUUAUUAGUCUCGAUUGUGCACAGAGAGGGUUUCCGAGGUCAAAGUGAUUUUAGUUCUUAGUUCUUAGAUAUAACUAUUUGUGCUUUUCUUGUAAUAGCAUUUAUGAAAUCUUGUAUACUUUUGGCGUCAUUUUCAUUUCUUGGCCGUUUCUAAUCUUUGGGUUUGUCUAUCGCUGUCACUUUUGCCCGCAUCUCUUUGAGUGAGAGAGAUGGACUUAUAGGAUUUCGUGCUGCUAUUUGAACAAAACUGCGUACCGGAAAACGCAGCGUGGGACGUCCACCUACAAGGUGGACCGACUACAUCGUAAAGGUAGCAGGGAAGCGCUGGACGCAGGCCGCUACCAAUCGAUCAACAUGGAAAGCAUUGGGGGAGGCCUAUGUUCAGCAUUGGACGUCCUAUGGCUGAAAUGAUGAUGAUGAUUUGAACAAAACGUUUAAAACCGCCUGAUAAGAUCGAAGAGUUACCUUUAAUACUAGUCUAAUCUCUAUUAUGAUCAUCAUCAUGAUUAUUGCCAUAAAAACAGUAACCCAGCUGUUUCUAGCUGAGCCUCUUCAGCUUUAAUUUUUUUUUCUUUCGGACUUAUUAUCUUUAACCAUACAACUUCAAUGGAAUAAAUAAGUACCUACUGGUAUUUAUCAAGAAAAAAAACGAUGCCAAAAGCUUUAGUUUUAUCGUUAUGUGCGGUCAUUAUUUCAUUCAAGUUUUUUAUUCUUUAUUGUUUUUGCUUAUUUCAGUUAAUGUCUAAGUUUUUUAUUGUGUACUUUUUUACUAUUCAGGUAGGUAUUGUGCCUAAGAUUUCUAUUCAUUUAUCCAGUUAUAUUUCUAAGAUUUUUCAAUAUUUUAUAUUCUCUAAGUUUUUUUUAUCUUUAAUAUUAAACUGUUUGCGUUACUGACUAAGGUUUUUGAAUAAAUAAAUAGUAUAAAAGUA